AUGGCGACGAGUGUGGAUGCCAAACUGCUGAAGCAGACCAAAUUCCCUCCGGAAUUCAGCCGGAAGGUGGAUAUGACCAAGGUCAACAUCGAGGUGAUGAAGAAGUGCGUUGCAAAAGCCCCAGCUAAGUUUCUUAUCGCGAGAUGGAUUGCUGGGAAGAUCUCCGAGAUUCUGGGAAAUGAAGAUGACGUCGUUAUUGAGCUCUGCUUUAACCUUUUGGAAGGGUCGCGGUUUCCCGAUAUCAAGUCCCUGCAGAUUCAGCUCACCGGAUUCCUGGAUAAAGAUACUGGCAAGUUUUGCAAAGAGCUGUGGUCGCUAUGCUUGAGUGCCCAGGAAAACCCCCAGGGCGUGCCCAAGGAGUUGCUGGAGGCGAAGAAACUGGAGCUUAUCCAAGAGAAGAUCGAAGCGGAAAGAGCCGCCGAGGAAGCCCGCAAACAGAAGGAACAGGAGCGCGCACGAGAACGAGAACUUGAAGACCUUCGACGCAGAGAACGGUCUGAGCGCACAAGGGGAGGAAGAAGAGGCGGUGGUCGCGGUGGUCGAGACUUUGAUAGGCGUCGGUCGCCUCCGCGACAACGCAGCCGUGACCGUUUUCGAGGUCCGCCUGGCAGACGAGAGUUCGAUUCCUACGUGCCCUCAGGCUCUCGUCGAGGCCGUCGGCCAUCCCGUUCGCCCAGCCGCUCUCGUUCUCGCUCCGUGUCUUCCUCGCGCUCACCCCCACCACGUCGGCGCCAUCCUGGCAACGACCGGAACCGACGACGUCGGUCGAUUAGCGGCUCUGUCUCCCCGGGACCGCGGGAUCGACGCAAGAGGAGAGGUUCUUCAGCAUCGAGGUCCCGUUCGAGGUCGCAAGGGUCGGAUGGUAGCGGCACCAGACGCAGAGGAUCAUCGCCUCACUCUUCACGAGAUGAUAAGAAAGAAUCCACCGCUGAUAUUGCAAAGGCCCGCAAGUCCCGUGACGACCGCCGUUUGAGUCGCAGCAGAGAUCGCAAUGACACCCGCAGACGCCGGUACUCGUCCCAGAGUGUUAGCCGCAGCCGCAGUCGAGGUCGCUCCCGCAGCGCCAGCCAGGACUCCCGCAGUCGGAGUCGCAGCCGCAGCCACAGCCGCAUGAGAGAUAGGAAGCGGCGUCGGUCCAUUGAGAGAUAUGCCCCAGUUGCGCGGAGACGGCGCAACACGUCCUCCGUAUCCGUCCCCAGUGAUAAACGAAAGAGGAUGGCUGAUGAAGACGAGGAUGCCGCCAAACGAUCACCACCGCAGGCUGAGAAGCCGAGCUCGAGCGACCAAGAGAUGAAGGAUGCCACUGAGGUGGGUGAAUGA